CGUGUUCCUGAGUCUCUGCCUCUGCCUCUGCCGUCACGACGUUGCAUGCGCGGGCUUAAUAAACCCACUAUCCGAACCUCGAUCUGUUCCCCACCACUUUCACCUCUCAACAACAACAUCAAAAGAGCUGCAUUUUUCCGUCUUGGCCAUCGCAAGUUUCCAUCAGUUGCUGCAUUUUCCACCUCUAUUCCUCGAUCUCUUCCAUCCUCAAACAUGGCUUCCGCUACCAGCUUCUACGACUUUAAGCCGCUUGACAAGCGCGGCCAAGAGGUCCCCCUGGCCGACUACAAGGGCAAGGUCGUCCUCAUCGUCAACACGGCCUCCAAGUGCGGCUUCACCCCUCAGUACGCCGGCCUGGAGAAGCUCUGGACCGACAUCAAGGCGAAGCACCCGGACGACUUUGUCAUCCUCGGCUUCCCCUGCAACCAGUUCGGCGCCCAGGAGCCCGGGUCUGACGAGGAGAUCCAGAGCUUCUGCCAGGUCAACUACGGCGUCACCUUCCCCAUCAUGCAAAAGACCGAGGUCAACGGCGACGGCACCAACCCUCUCUGGGCCUGGCUCAAGGAGCAGCAGCCCGGCCUCCUGGGCCUCAAGCGCGUCAAGUGGAACUUUGAAAAGUUCCUCGUCGGACGCGACGGAACGGUCAAGGGCCGCUGGGCCAGCACCACCAAGCCCGAGUCUCUCGAGAAGCCCAUCCUCGACGCUCUCGCUGAGGAGGUCAAGGCUUGA